CAAACAAUACUACUCCCUAAAAAGUGGUUUAAUUAAUACAAUGUAAACAUAUUUUCAAAAAAUUCUGCUUGUUUGAUGAAACUAAUUUUAGGUUCUCAUCAAACAAGCAUUUGAUCUUACAUUUAAUUCCACAGUAUAAUAAUAAUGUUAUCAAAAAUAUCCAAAUAAAUAGGCCUACACUCAAAAGAAUGCUGAGUUAAAAACAACUCAAUUUGGGUUAUUUGGUAACCCAGCGCUGGGUUAUUUUGAUCCUGACAGUUGUGUUUUUGGAAUUACACAAAUAUGGGUUAAUUUGUAAGUAAAGAGACUUGGGGUUUGUAAGGAUAGCCCAAGGCUUAAUUUAACCAUCAGUUGGGUUUUUAUUCACUUUCAUGCUGGGUAUUUCUUUAUGUAAUCCAGAUACUUAUUUUUGGCCACAUGUGAGAGUAAAUGUCAUUCCUGUUGAUCAUGUUAAGUUUGUACACUGCACAUUUAAACUUUCCUUGAUUAUUUUUCCAUAUUUAGAUAUUCAAUUAUAAAAUUAAUAACAUUAUUAUGUACAUAUUAUAACAGUGGUAACUAUCCCAAUGUUGGGAUAUAAACUCAGCGGACAGUUUAUUAAGUACACUAACCCGUUCAAAAAAAUGGUUUGCCCAUUUUGAAGAUGUUAUUGGGUGGGUGAUGUGGUGAUGUAAGCAACUUUGAGCGUGGUGUGAUCGUCUGUGGCAAGUGCGCCCGUUCCAGUAUUUCAGAAACUGCCGGCCUCUUGGGCUUUCCACGUACAACGGUGUCUAGGGUUUACAGAGAAUGUUGCAACAAACAUAAGACAUCCAGUCAAUGGCAGUCCUGUGGGCGAAAACAGCUCUUUGAUGAAAGGUCGAAGGAGAAUGGCAAGAAUCGUGCAAGCUAACAGGCGGGCCACAAACUGGCAAAUAACGGUCCUUUUCUCAGAUGAGUGAUUGCAGCAGACGACCUCACCAUGUUCCACUCCUAUCAGCUAAAAACAAGAAGAAUCGGUUCCAGUGGGCAUGCGAUCACAAACACUAGACAAUUGUGGAAUGGAAAAACAGAUUCUUGAAUAGAGAAGGGGGGGGAAAAUAUCCCAGCAAUAAAGUAAGAAAUAAUGCAUUGCUGGGUCAAAAAUACAGAUAUAACAAUAACCCAGAAAAGAGUAAAAAGCGACCCUCUGCUGUGUCAAAAUAACCACGUUUUUGGGGUAAAUAAAACAUCCCAACAUGGGUUAUUCACGCAACCCAGCUGGCUGGGUCAAAGUAUCCCAGUGUGUGUUUUGUCCAAUAUUUACCCAGUGCUGAGUUACCAGAUAACCGAAAUUGGGUUAUUUUUAACCCAUUAUUUUUUUAGUGUGUGCAGUUCAUUCGGAAAGUAUUCAGACCACUUUACUUUUUCCACAUUUUGUUACAAUGCAGCCUUAUUCUAAAAUGUAUGGGGAAAAAAUGUCCUCGUGAGUUUACACACAAUACCCCAAAAUGACAAAGUGAAAACCGUUGUUUUGAAUUUUUUGUAAAUGUAUCAAAAAUAAAAGCAUGAAUACCUUAUUUACAUAAGUAUUCAGACCAUAUCCUAUAAGACUCGAAAUUGAGCUCAUGUGCAUCUUGUUUCCAUUAAUCAUCCCUGACAUGUUUGUACAAUUUGAUUGGAGUCCACCUGUGGUAAAUUCAAUUGAUUGGACAUUAUUUGGAAAGGCACACACCUGUCUAUAUAAGGUCCCACAAUUGCAGUGCAUGUCAGCAAAAACCAAGCCAUGAGGUCAAAGGAAUUGUCCGUAGAGCUCCGAGGCACAGAUCUGGGGAAGGGUACCAAAACAUGUCUGCAGCAUUGAAGGUCCCCGAGAACACAAUGGCCUCCAUCAUUCUUAAAGGGAAGAAGUUCAGAACCACCAAAACUCUUUCUAGAGCUGGCCGCCCGGCUAAACUGAGAAAUCGGGGGAGAAGGGCCUUGGUCAGGGAGGUGACCAAGAACACGAUGGUCACUCUGACAGAGCUCCAUAGUUCUUCUGUGGAGAUGGGAUAACCUUCCAAAAGGACAACCAUCUCUGCAACACUCCACCAAUCAGAUGGCCAGACGGAAUCCACUCCUCAGUAAAAGGCACAUGACAGCCCACUUGGAGUUUGCCAAAAGGUACCUAAAGGACUCUCAGACCAUGAGAAACAAGAUUCUCUGGUCUGAUGAAACCAAGAUUGAACUCUUUGGCCUGAAUGCCAAGCGUCACAUCUGGAGGAAACCACGCAACACUCAUCACCUGUCCAAUACCAUCCCUAUGGUGAAGCAUGGUGGUGGCAGCAGCAUGCUGUGGGUAUGUUUUUCAGCGGCAGGGACUGUGAGACUAGUCAGGAUCAAGGUAGAGAUGAACAGAGCAAAGUACAGAAGGAUCUUCCGGACCUCAGACUGGGGCAAAGGUUCACCUUCCAACAGGACAACAAUCCUAAGCACACAGCCAAGACAACGCAGGAAUUGCUUUGGGACAAGUCUCUGAAUGUUAUUGAGUGGCCCAGCCAGAGCCCGGACUUGAACCCGAUCGAACAUGUCUGGAGAGACCUGAAAAUAGCUGUGCAGCGACACUCUCCUCCCAACCUGACAGAGCUUGAGAGGAUCUGCAGAGAAGAAUGGGAGAAACUCCCCAAAUACAGGUGUGCCAAGCUUGUAGGGUCAUACCCAAGAAGACUCAAGGCUGUAAUCGCUGUCAAAGGUGCUUCAACAAAGUACUGAGUAAAGGGGCUGAAUGCUUAUGUAAAUUUGAUAUGUUUAUAUAUAUAUUUUUAUACAUAAAAAAAAAAGUCUAAAAACCUGAUUUUGCUUUGUCAUUAUGGUGUAUUGUAUGUAGAAUGAUGUGGGGGGAAUAAGGUUGUAACGUAACAAAAUGUUGAAAAAAUGCAGGGGUCUGAAUACUUUUCGAAUGCACUGUGUACACUCACAACAUUUUUUUAAAUCAACUAAACUCAGCAAAAAUAAAUGGCCUCUCACUGUCAACUGUGUUUAUUUUCAGCAAAAUUAACAUGUGUAAAUAUUUGUAUGAACAUAACAAGAAUCAACAACUGGGACAUAAACUGAACAAGUUCCACAGACAUGUCACUAACAGAAAUGAAAUAAUGUGUCCCUGAACAAAGGGGGGGUGGGGGGGUCAAAAUCAAAAGUAACAGUCAGUAUCUGGUGUGGCCACCAGCUGCAUUAAGUACUGCAGUGCAUCUCCUCCUUAUGGACUGGACCAGAUUUGCCCGUUCUUGCUGUGAGAUGUUACCCCACUCUUCCACCCAGGCACCUGCAAGUUCCCAGACAUUUCUGGGGGGAAUGGCCCUAGCCCUCACCGUCCGAUUCAACAGGUCCCAGAUGUGCUCAAUGGGAUUGAGAUCCGGGCUCUUCGCUGGCCAUGGCAGAACACUGACAUUCCUGUCUUGCGGGAAAUCAUGCACAGAAUGAGCAGUAUGGCUGGUGGCAUUGUCAUGCUGGAGGGUCAUGUCAGGAUGAGCCUGCAGGAAGGGUACCACAUGAGGGAGGAGGAUGUCUUCCCUGUAACGCACAGCGUUGAGAUUGCCUGUAAUUACAACAAGCUCAGUCCGAUGAUGCUGUGACACACCACCCCAGACCAUGACAGACCCUCCACCUCCAAAUCGAUCCCGCUCCAGAGUACAGGCCUCGGUGUAACGCUCGUUCCUUCGACGAUGAACGCGAAUCCGACCAUCAACCCAUGUGAGACAAAAGCGCGACUCGUCAGUGAAGAGCACAUUUUGCCAGUCCUGUCUGGUCCAGCGACGGUGGGUUUGUGCCCAUUGGCAACGCUGUUGCCGGUGAUGUCUGGUGAGGACCUGCCUUACAACAGGCCUACAAGCCCUCAGUCCAGCCUUUCUCAGCCUAUUGCGGACAGUCUGAGCCCUGAUGGAGGGAUUGUGCGUUCCUGGUGUAACUCGGGCAGUUGUUGUUGCCAUUCUGUACCUGUCCCGCAGGUGUGAUGUUCGGAUAGGUAGCCUCUAGGCCUACUUCUAUCCAUGCGUGUCCUUACUCAACAUUGACAGGAGCGCUCCAAACAAAAGACAACGACUAAAUUGACAAAACUUGUAAAUGGAAUGAAAUAUACCAAAAUCUGUUUCUCACAAGUGUAGCAUAGGUUGAAUGCAUGAAAAUAAAUGACCAUAAUCAAAGUAACAAACAUUGUAGAUGAGAAAUUAUAGGAAUGAAUGGUAAAUGUACUACUGGUGAUAUGUAAUGGGGAAUUGAUAUACACUAGCAAUCAAAUGCAAACAAUUCACACAAUGAAAUUAUGAAACAAUGAAUGUGCAAAAAUUGGCAGGAGAGAGCCCAUUCUGGAGAGGAGUGCAUUGUGUAUCUGGGCGCAUGGUCAAGCCGACUUCUGCAUUGGCCAUGCAGAAUUUAUGGUGAUAUGGCCUCAACAGAGGUCAGGGAAUUCAUACUUUUGCACUUCGUGGAUCAGUGCAGAACUGUUGUCAAGGAAGGGAGUUAAAAAAUAAAUAAAAAAUGUUUACCUUUAUUUAACUAGGCAAGUCAGUAUAGCUAGGUAAUUUAUUCCUGAAUGAAAAUUAUUAAUGUUUGCUAGCUAGCUUUUUACUCACUGUUUUUGGUCAAGCACAAUGCCUUUCCCAUUUGUCCAGGGUUGCCAGGUCAAGCUAAAUUUGUAGCCAAUGACUACUCAAAACCUGCCCACAAGGCCUGAAAACUAGCCCAAAAUUGGUUUUUUCGCAGCAAGAGAGGAGUUGCCACAUUUAGCCAAUAAACCCUUUUUCCAUUACGUUAUCGUGUGAAGGAAUCUCAAUUGAACUUCUAACGACUUAAGAAGCAAAAUUUGGUUUUCCAUCUAAAUAAUCAUUAUUGCGAGGUAAUGUGACUAAUAAAGGAAUUGGAAUAUGUUGCAAGAGUAAAUAUAAUUUCAAAUAUAAACUAAAAAAAACAAAUAUUAGGCAAUUUUUUGGCAAUUGUGCCGUUAUUAUGUGCCAGAUGUUAAGACAACAAACCGUUAUAAAUUUGUAAGAUUGACUUGUAAUUUCAAUAGGCAUUGGCUGGGCCUACUGAAUAAAAUAUGGUUUUAUGAUUGUAAUUCAACUUUGCCAUGGUUUGGUUAGCUAGAUGCAGGUAACCUAUAGGCUAGCCCCUGAUAGGUCUACAUCUCAUUUCAGAUAGCGUACAGUAGCCUAGGCAAGAUGUAAAAGGAACGAUUUAGCAGCUUGCUUAGUUCAAAUACACAGACUAAUUUAUUCAACAUGAACAGAGAGGCAAUUUCUAGGUAGGAAGUGCUUGAGUUGCCCAAUAGCCUGCUGGAAUAGGCUACUGAGGAUGGGGACAUCAUUUCAAUCACUGAAUCAAAUAUGAAUAAUAUGGAUAUGAACUGAAUAGGCCAAUGCUUGUAAACAACAGCAAGUGUUUUUUUUACCUGCAGCCUAAUCUGAAUGAUUGUUACCAUCAAUCUAAUGCACUCUAACAACAGCUGAUCGGCAGUUGCGAUAGGAUUGUGACCAUGAUCACAAUUGAUCACUUCCAACUUGAUUAACUAAACAAGGCCAUUAAUAAUUGCUUAAUAACACAAGGCUACAACAACAAUAAUCUGAAAUUAUAGGCUUUUUAUAAAAUCUGUUUGCCAGGUACAGGUAGGCUACACAAGCGGCACGAAUUGAUUUGCAAUUACUCCUGUGAUAUCGUUUCAACAUAUUUUUUUGUAUAAAACUGUGCAAAGCUGUCAUCAAGGCAAAGGGUGUUUAACACUUUUUUGGUUUCUAACAUGAUUCCAUAUGUGUUAGUUCAUCAUUUUGAUGUCUUCACUAUUAUUGUACUAUGUAGAAAAUAGUAAAAUAAAGAAAACCCCUGGAAUGAGUAGGUGUGUCCAAACUGUUGACUGGUACUGUAUAUUUUUAAGAAAUUGCCAUGGAAGUAGCCCAAAAACCCGCAACCCGCGACCAAUACUUUUUCACCGCGACAUUGUUUUCAAAGUAGCCCAAUUUAGCAUGAAAAUUGCAGACAUGGCAACCCUGAUUGCCUGGUAGACUUGCUAAACAGCUGCGACAAUUCUCAUUCACGAGCUUGCCAGAUCAUCUGGAUUUGGUGGGAGAAUUAACCGACCCACUGGGUCAUAUCUCAAUAACCCAACAUCAAUAACCCAGUAUUAACAACCCAAGCGUGAUAUUUUUAAAGAAAACAACCCAACUAAGUGAUCCAAUGCCUGCAACCCAGUAGUGUGUAGGCUUUGAAAUGAUAUACCCUCACAAUCAAUCAUUUCCAGUGAUGAGAUAUUCUUUAAAUAGGCCGGCACAUAAUAUUUGAAAUUGACAGCUGUAAUGGCUGACUGUAGGCUAUAGUUUUAGUUUAAUCACUAGUGACUGAUUUCGACACCUCUUACCAUGUUAAACAGGACUACUGCAGAGCUGCCAACUCUCACGCAUUUGGGAUUUGUCUUGAAGAUUGGGUGAUUUUGAGAAAUUAAUUGUUAUAAAAAAUAACAUUUUCAAACACCGCCACAUGGGAAACAUAGAUCAGGGGUGGUCAACCCUUCUGGAGAGCAAUCAAGAUUUUCUUCCAGACCUAUUUUAAAGAGAUGGUUCACCCAAAUGACACAAUACUAUAUGUUUUUGUCCUUACCUUGAAAGCAAUCUAUGGACAAGGAGACUGCAGUCUAUGAUUUGGUUACCCACUGACAUCAACCAUUAAUAUUAGUAUUUCCUGUGCAGAGUAUUGGUGUAGUGGUAACACUCCCCAACAUUUUCUACCUGACAACAAGGAUCCCUGCUUCCAACCUCCACACUGCUUCUCCCAUUUGCCUAUCUCCCCAUCUAAUUUCAUUAGUGUCUGAAUAAAGUGUCAAACCACCUAAGAUUUCACCCCCACCAAAAAAAGAAAUCUCAAUUUUGAGGGUUAAAUUAAUGUUCAAAGCAUUCUGAAUACACCUGACCUGUGUUUUCCCCCCCUGGUCAUAGUCUUAAGCCAUGUCAAAAACGUAAAAUUGCAGGAAAUUAGCUUUUAAAACAGUACAAUUUUCCUAGGGGAGGACCCCCAGGCCCCAUCUAGGCAAAAUUUUACUCCAAGCUUUCUUCAAUAGUCAGCAGCCCUGCUACUAUUAUUUGUAACUUUGCUACUCUGAGAAUUACUCAGCUUUAUUAUGUUUUAUUUCACCUUUUGAUAACUGAACAACAUUAUCCAGCUCAGUAACAAAUGUGUAAUUACAAUUCCUACACUCAAAAAGAGAAACACAAUUUCCUUUGUUGACUGCUUUUUCAACUUUCUCCCAUAGUCGCAGGCUAGUUACCGGGGCAAAUGAUCAUCUAAGGCUAAACGGACUAUAUGAUACAUCAACUAAAACAUUCAAAAUAGUAGGACACAUACCUAGUUUAUUUUUGUAGUGGUUGUUAAAAGGCUCAAAAGCUUUUUGAAAGAGAUAAAAAGCGACCAGAUAGAAAUUCGAGCUGGAUGCAGGUCCCUGUUGCUAGGUUCCACAACUACUCAACACGCAGUGUUAUCAUUGACUUGCAAGGUACCAGGCAGAUCCUUUUUUAGCAGUUACUAUGGUUUCUGUGGAUAUAUGUACUUGAAAUCGAAAACAUGUUCCUCUAAUAUUUUUCUUUGUCUUCCAUCACAUUUUUUAAAUGACUCUAUUAUGCUGAACAUCUGAAUAGGGACUCUGCUUGUACGAAUACUGUUCAUGUUCCCAAUUCAUGGUUAAAAGUGAUAGGUUCAAAUGCUGCUUCUUUGUGUAUCGCCGCCAAUUUACUUUUGAGUCAUUCUGUAUGAAAAGGGAACAGAUACUCUAGGCCUUUCAUUUAGCACGAAGGAUUGUCUUUUGGAUAACUGAAAACUCUGUAAUGAGGAAAUUGACCAUAUACUUCAUUUCGGGAAUUAUGUACAAAUUAGAACACAAGACAGCUACAACAGUGCAGAAUUGGUGCGACUUUGUCUAUCAACAGUGUCUGUCAUAGCAUCCUAAUGAGAGGAGAGGGCAGAGCGUUAAGAUCAGUCCGUGUCAGUGAGAAGUCAGGAGGCAGACAUAGAUUUCAGUCAGGCUUGUUUGCACACAUCCACACGUAUCCUUUUGGUUCUAUUCAUAAUCUAGCCGUGCGUAUUCUAACCCUGUUGUCAAGGUAAGCGGAGGAACACACAAUGCCCCAGUCAGUGUAUUAUUGCCUAAUAAUACACUUGUUCCUGUUCUAUUAUGGUAGCCUGGUAGCCUGUUUAUCUAAUUAAUACAACAUUUUACCCUCUCCUUUGCUCUGGUGGGGUAACUUUGACAUAAUUAUAGUUCUGCAGCAUGGUAAAUGGAUAGAAUUUGCCUCAAGGUUUCGGACUAGCAACAGCCGUCACACAAUCAUAUCCUCCCGGCAGUGAACAGAAAAAUUAGAACAAAUUUACAUUUUUACUGACAGUUAUUUAAUAAGCUUUGAAUCCCCUGUAAUCGCUUUGUCUGUUCAACCCACAUGGAAUGACUAAAGCUAGAAAUGAGAGAAGAGAGCAUAUUGGAAAGUGCUGCGGAAGUCUAAGACAAAAUCACGUUCAUGGAUAAGACUGCUUAUAGUCUGCCGCUUUUAACACCGCCAGUCCUAAUCUAACAUAGGAAAAGCGGGUCCAACAUUUUCUGUUUGACGUUUGCCAUGGAGCCAUUGUAAAUGAUACCAGUCAGUCUAAAAUAACAGUAUCCAAUGUUUAUAUUAGUGAUAAGCCUUUUUUAUUGAAGUCUUGAGUUGUCCCCAGAAAAACAUUGACUUGGACUAAAAAUCUCUCCCUGGCACGGAUCAAAUAAUUCAGGAAAUUGCUAGGACAUUUUGGCGAUAGAGAGCAUUGGUAAGCCAGUUUUUUUAAUACAAUUUUAUUUAACCUUUAUUUUACUAGGCAAGUCCAUUAAGAACAAAUUCUUAUUUACAAUGACCGCCUACCCCGGACAAACACGGACGAUGCUGGGCCAAUGGUGCACCGCCCUAUGGGACUCCCAAUCACGGCCGGAUGUGAUACAGCCUGGUUGUGUUGGCAUGCUUUUAAUAGUGCAGUAACCGGGCUUACACGUACAUAGCCAGGCUGCAACUGCAUACUACCUUCAGUCUUCUUGUGUAUGAUGACGUUCAGAGACUUGUCCCGAAGCCACUCAUGCGUUGGCUUGGCUGUGUGCUUAGGGUCGUUGUCCAAUUGGAAGGUGAACCUUCACCCCAGUCUGAGGUCCUGAGCGCUCUGGAGCAGGUUUUCAUCAAGGAUCUCUCUGUACUUUGCUCCGUUCAUCUUGCCUCGAUCCUGACUGGUCUCCCAGUCCCUGCCGCUGAAAAACAUUCCCACAGCAUGAUGCUGCCACCACCAUGCUUCACCGUAGGGAUGGUGCCAGGUUUCCUCCAGACGUGAAGCUUGGCAUUCACACCAAAGAGUUCAAUCUUGGUUUCAUCAGACCAAAGAAUCUUGUUUCUCAUGGUCUGAGAGUCUCAGGUGCCUUUUGGCAAACUCCAAGCGCGCUGUCAUGUGCCUUUUACUGGCUUCUGAGCGAUAGUAGUACUUCUGUAAGGUUCUCUCAUCUCCACAGAGGGACUCUAGCGCUCUGUCAGAGUGGCCAUCGGGUUCUUGGUCACCUCCCUGACCCAGGCCCUUCUCCCCCGAUUGCUCUGUUUGGCCGGGCAGCCAGCUCUAGGAAGAGUCUUGGUGGUUCCAAACUUCUUCUAUUUAAGAAUGAUGGUGGCCAUUGUGUUCUCGGGGACAUUUAAUGCUGCAGAAUUGUUUUACCCUUCCCUAGAUCUGUGCCUCGACACAAUCCUGUCUCGGAGCUCUACGGACAAUUCCUUCGACCUCGUGGCUUGGUUUUUGCUCUGACGUGCACUGUCAACUGUGGGACCUUAUAUAGACAGGAUCUCUCCUCCAUGCUAAGAUGCUGGCUUCUUCAGUUGAACUAAGAACAGCAUCCAAGGCAUCAUGUUUGGCAAGAGAAGAGCUCCAGUAACGAUGCCUAAACCCGAGCCUGCACCCCCCGUGGAAGAAUGGUUUACUCCACUGUCGUUCCCCCUGUGGAGGCAGGGGAGACCAAUAAAGCCAGCCUCUGCUGUCUCGUCACGGCAGGACUGCUGAACCUCUCUGACCACCUCCUCCACGGCCAGCCUGACACAGAAGACAUGUCCAUGGAAAACAGCUCAUAUGGCUCCUCCUUUUCACCUCUGGACCUGGACACAGUUACGCGAACAGCUGAGGCCCAGGAGAGUGUUCAGGGCGUCAACCUGCCCCUCCAGGUGUUCUUCUGCACGGCCAUGGUCUCCAUCCUGUUGGUGGCCUUCCUGGGGAACGUGGUGGUGGUCCUGAUGGUCUACCAGCGCGCCGCCAUGCGAUCCGCCAUCAACAUCCUGUUGGCCAGCCUGGCCUUCGCAGACAUGAUGCUGGCCGUCCUGAACAUGCCCUUUGCCCUGGUUACUGUGGUGACCACACACUGGAUCUUCGGGGAUGUCUUCUGUCGAGUGUCGGCCAUGUUCUUCUGGCUCUUUGUCAUAGAGGGCAUGGUCAUCCUGCUUAUAAUAAGCAUAGAUCGGUUCCUGAUCAUAGUCCAGAAACAGGACAAAUUGAGUCCCCACAGAGCCAAAGUGCUCAUAGUCAUCGCUUGGACUGUCUCCUUAUCUUUAUCUUUCCCACUAGCCAUAGGCCACCCAUCUCUCCAGAUCCCCUCUAGAGCUCCACAGUGUGUGUUCGGCUACACCAGCGAGCCGGGUUACCAUGCCUACGUGUUGCUCCUCAUGCUGGUCUUCUUCUUCAUCCCCUUCAUGGUCAUGCUGUACACCUUCAUGGGGAUCCUGAACACCAUCCGCCACAACGCCGUGCGCAUCCACAGCCACCCGGACAGCAUCUGUCUGAGUCAGGCCAGCAAGCUGGGGCUCAUGAGUCUGCAGAGGCCCUUUGAGAUGAACAUAGACAUGAGCUUCAAGACGCGUGCCUUCACCACCAUCCUCAUCCUCUUCUCGGUGUUCACCGUGUGCUGGGCGCCCUUCACCGCCUACAGCCUGGUUUCCACCUUCAGACGCCCCUUCUACUACAAGGCCAAUUUCUUUGAAGUCAGCACCUGGUUCCUUUUGUUGUGCUAUCUCAAGUCUGCACUCAACCCUCUCAUUUACUACUGGCGGAUCAAGAAGUUCCGCGACGCCUGCCUUGACCUGAUGCCCAAGUAUUUCAAGUUUCUUCCUCAGCUGCCCGGCCACACAAAGCGACGUAUCCGACCCAGCGCUGUGUAUGUGUGUGGGGAGCAUCGCUCUGUGGUUUAAUAACACUGGACUGACUUGGAGGACACUGACUUCACUGCCAUGUAGGUUUUGUUUGACCAUUUAUCCAAUUUGUUCUCGCCAGUCAAAUGAAUGAGUUGUGAUUGCGGUUUCGACAGUAUAUUUUAGCUGAGUAGAAUCUGUUUACAAAGCAUGUCAAUUAACUGCUUCAAUGGUUUUGAAUAUGGUCAUAAGGCCACCAAGAUUACAUUUUGUCAUUGAUAUUUCUAUGUAAUUGUUUUGUGCCUAUUAGUUAGUCUAUACCAGUCAUAAUGCUGCUACAUCUGGUGAAAAUUUGCAAUUUCAGUGUACUGUACUUGAAUCUAAUAAACAUUUUUGACAUUU